GCGCAAGAGUUAAUAAAAUGUUGACAUUUUUUACCUUGGCUGGCUGGCGCUGAUGCCGAGCGAGCGAAUGAAACGAUGUCGUUUUGCCAUGUCAUGUCAUUCACCGUCUUCGGGGAAAAGAAACAUUUCAUUCAUUCAUUUUAUGCUUUAUUGUCUUGUGUUGUAUGCAUCAACCAACCAACAAACCGAUGCAAGUUCUGCAGAACGCCGGGAUCUUCGUUUUCGACCGCUCCAUCACGCCCUAUCCCUUGAUGCUCUGCGACUCAGGCAUUACUCAAUAGAGGUGCAAGGCUUACAGAAGUACUGAAACAACCUCAGUAUAAUCCUCAAAACCUCCCAUUCUUCUAAUUACCCACAUUACAUCCUCAUUAUUAUAAUAAAUGCCCAAUUGGCGUAAUGAGAAACGUGUGUUGUGUCGUAAUUAGUUAACGUGUGUGAUUGUGUCGUGAUUUUUGGAUUCUGUUGUAACUAACGAACGACACAGUCACACCGAGGAUUAAAGCAGAAGGCGUUGGUUGGUGUGUCGUAUCGGAGAAAUUGAGGUUGAUCGGCGCCAACAAUGUCUGCUCAGAGUGAACACCAAUCGGUUUCUCUUUCGGUGCUGCUGAAGCGAGAGUUGGCGAAUGAGAAAAAUGAGAAGCCGGAGGUUGUUAUUUUGCACGGCCAAGCUAGCGAGAAUAAGAAAGGAGAGGAUUUCACGCUAUUGAAGACGGAAUGCCAAAGGGUGCUGGGAGAUGGGGUUUCUACCUAUUCUGUUUUUGGGCUAUUCGAUGGACACAAUGGAUCUGCUGCCGCUAUUUAUGCCAAGGAGAAUCUUCUAAACAAUGUUUUAAGUGCAAUUCCUUCUGAUCUUAACAGAGAUGAGUGGGUAGCAGCGUUGCCUAGGGCUUUGGUUGCAGGCUUUGUAAAAACUGAUAAGGAUUUUCAAGAGAAAGCACAAACAUCGGGAACAACUGUAACCUUUAUGAUUACAGAAGGAUGGGUUGUAACAGUUGCAUCAGUUGGUGAUUCCCGUUGCAUACUGGAGCCUUCUGAAGGUGGAAUUUAUUACUUGUCAGCAGACCAUAGACUAGAGAGCAAUGAAGAGGAGAGGGUACGCAUCACUUCUAGUGGAGGUGAGGUUGGUCGUCUAAAUACAGGAGGAGGCACCGAGGUUGGUCCUUUGAGAUGUUGGCCUGGUGGCUUGUGUCUCUCACGAUCCAUUGGUGAUAUGGAUGUUGGUGAAUUUAUUGUCCCUGUACCACACGUAAAGCAAGUGAAGCUUUCCACUGCUGGAGGCAGGAUUAUUCUCAGCAGUGAUGGUGUCUGGGAUGCUCUAAGUGCAGAAAUGGCCCUUGAUUGCUGUCGUGGCAUGUCACCUGAGGCUGCAGCAACCCAUAUUGUGAAAGAAUCUGUGCAAGCAAAGGGACUUAGAGAUGACACAACCUGCAUUGUUAUUGACAUAUUACCCCAGGAGAAGCCACCUACUUCUGUGCUAACACAAAAGAAACCGGUAAAAGGAAUGCUUAAGUCCAUUUUUCGCAAAAAGUCCUCUGAAUCAUCAUCUUUUAUUGACAAAGAAUACCUGGAGUCAGAUGUGGUACAGGAACUAUACGAGGAAGGGUCUGCUAUGCUUUCAGAGAGAUUAGAAACAAAAUAUCCACUUUGCAACAUGUUCAAGCCGUUUACCUGCGCAGUGUGUCAGGUAGAGAUUAAACCUGGAGAAGGUAUUUCCAUACACGAGGGUGUGCCUAACCCAGGAAGAUUGCGUCCCUCAUAUGGACCUUUCCUUUGCCCAAGUUGCCAAGAGAAGAAAGAAGCCAUGGAAGGGAAGCGAACAUCAGAUAGACUUAGCAGCGGGAGUGACUAAUGAAUUAUCUUGUACAUUUGCAUUUUUGAGAAUGACAAAGAUUGUUCAUAUAACGGGAAGGUCAAACUUCCACGCAACAGUGACCCCCCUACUAGAUUACCACGGAGGUUUCUCAGAAUACGGAUCUAUUUUGGAAAUCCACAUGAUAAUCAAUAUGGAGUUUUCUGUGUUGUUCAGUCAAGACAUUAACCAACAAUUGAAGCUUGUUAGAAGAAUUCUGACUCAGAAGAGAGGAAUAUGAAUCACCCAAGUGUUGUGUUAAAAGUGGGAAUGCACAACAGGACAUCGAGGUGAUUCAUUCUGUUAUUCCUUUUUCCUCCCUGGAUCCGUUCAUAAUCAUUUGUAUAUAGGUCUUUGGAAUCACGAAAUGUACCUUUAAUGGAAGUGAUCUUUGUUGUUGUAUUGUUCUACAGGGAGGGUUUUCAAUUUUUUUGGGGUCCAUACAAGGGAGUUUAUUUAGAUGUCACAUAGAUCAAUUCCACUAAGAAUAGACGUGCGCUUAAGGCCUCUGAACGAUUUCUUUUAUUCUUGUAGCAUUCAGUUUUGAUAAUUUCUUUUACCAUUCCAAUAUUAACUUUUAUGUAAUCGAAAUGUUCGGAAA